CUUUGCGCCUUUAAUUUCAUUUGCAAACGGGACCAGGAGGAAGGAUCGCUUGGAUUCACACUUCGGGGAAUGCUGAUAGGACAAGUUUUUGUCAGAAGACACCUGGCAUCAAAACAGUUCUGAGAGGGGAGAAAGACCCCUCAUCUGGGAUCAAAGGAGGUCGUCAAAACUUGUGACAAGGCUGUAUAAAGAAGCAGACAUGCUCGGCGGUGAAGGAGAGAGCAGCUCCUUCUCCACUACGAAAGACGCAGCGGAGGAGAGGCGCAAGUCUCCGGCUGUGGAUGGGGACAAUCCGGUUGCUGGCAGCAGGUACGCAGAGCACGGGCUGGGUGCUGAUCGCUACUACAUCCCUCCCCCUGUUUCUAAACACAGCCCAGAAACAGCCAGUCCCUGCUCUUUUAUCCCUUACACCCCUGGUGGGACGGUUUACACCCCGUCCAGCGCUGGCAGGUACACUUCUUCUCUUCACUUGAGCUCCGUGCUGCCUCCAGAGGGAUUUUCCCCCUCCGCUGCCGGCCGCGGUCACUUCAGCUCGGCGUAUCAGCUCGGGCAGGGCACCGGCUGCAUCUACCCGCCAUACACCGGCUCAGCGUCCGCUCUCAGUAACAUGGCCCUACCCAGUGGCGGGCCGGGGAUGAGGGCCCAGGUCUAUCUCUGCAACCGGCCGCUGUGGCUCAAGUUCCACCGGCACCAGACCGAGAUGAUCAUCACCAAGCAGGGCAGACGGAUGUUCCCAUUUCUCAGUUUCAACAUAGCCGGUCUUAACCUGGCAGCUCACUACAACGUGUUUGUGGAAGUGGUUCUGGCAGAUCCAAACCACUGGAGAUUUCAAGGUGGAAAGUGGGUCACCUGUGGGAAGGCGGACAACACCAGCCAAGGGAACAAAAUCUACAUCCAUCCAGAGUCUCCAAACACAGGGGCCCACUGGAUGAGACAAGAGAUCUCCUUCAGCAAACUGAAACUCACCAAUAACAAAGGAACCAACCACAGCAGGCCUACUUCACAGAUGAUUGUCCUGCAGUCGCUGCAUAAGUACCAGCCCAGGCUGCACAUCGUGGAGGUGACGGAGGAUGGAGUAGACGAUAUUAACAGUGACGUAAAGACUCAGAGCUUCACGUUUCCAGAGACCCAGUUCAUAGCCGUCACUGCCUACCAAAACACUGAUAUUACUCAGCUGAAAAUUGACCACAACCCUUUUGCCAAAGGAUUCAGAGACAAUUAUGAUUCGAUGUACACAGCUCAAGACAAUGACCGCCUCACUCCUUCUCCAAACGGCUCCCCCAGGGCCCACCAGAUUGUCCCUGGUGCCCGCUACACCAUGCAGCCCCUCUUCCAGGAUCAGUUUGUCAGCAACUUUCCUCAGAAUCGUUUCUAUAACAGCGAGAGAGCAGUGCCUCAGACCAACAGCCUCCUCUCACCUCAGACAGAGGAUGGAGCGUCACAGAGGUGGUUUGUCACCUCUAUGCAGCAAGCCGGAAACAGCAGCAGCACCAGCAGCAAGCUCGAUCUGACACCUUAUGAGGCGGAAUACUCAAGUUCCCUUCUUCCUUACGGUAUCAAAUCCCUUUCCAUGCAAACAUCGCACGCACUCAGCUACUACCCAGACUCUCCUUUCACCACCAUGUCUGCAGGAUGGGGGUCCAGAGCAGCGUACCAGAGAAAGGUCACUCCAAGCCUGCCGUGGUCUCCGAGGCCCAGCCCAUCGACCGGUUUCUCGGAAGACUCAGACAAAGUCAAACCGCAGAUUGAAGAGGAAGUAAAUGGCAGUGGGGGGGCGAUCUCGUCAUGGACAGACACACAACCUUUAGCUCUGUCUUUAGACAAGGUUGAGUCAUAUACUGCAGCCUGCAAGCGAAGGCGUCUGUCUCUUAAUGGUGCAGAGGACUCACCUGCUGACAUUAAAUGUGAGGACUUGGCCUCUGCUGUCACCAAUGGUAGCCCCUACAGCAAGGAGGCCCCCUCAUCCAAAGGCAUGGCGGCUUACUAUUCCUUUUACACAAACCCUUAAAUGUUUUG